AACUGUCGAAUGAAGAUGAAUGUGGGGACGUACGAGCGUUUGGUAAGAGAAAGAGAGAAAAUGAUAUUAAUAAAACAGUGUCAUUAAAUAAAAAAGGAAAGAUUCGAGAAGCAAUACAUGAAAAUGAAAAGGUUGAUGAGAUGAUGCAAAACAGCUAUAACUCAAAAUGCUAUGACAAUGUAAUGUACAUACCGUUUGCUGAGCUUUCUGAAGAACUUGACAUUUUUAAAAAGGUGUCAGGAAUGGAGAUAACACUUACAAUGGGACAGUUAUUUAAAUGGUCGCCAAAGGCUCGACCGGAAAUAAUGAAAGCAUUCACGGAUAAACUUAAUACUGAAAAAGUAUGCGGAUACAUACCAAACAUUAAAGUUGAUAUGGAAGGAGUUGUUGUGAAUCAAGGGUUCUACGUGAUAGAGACGGCUAGUUUCGACAUUCUAUUAGGGACCAAAUAUUGGUAUACAAUUUCAUCACCUACUAGAUCGGCUUCUUUUAUCGUAUCGACUGUACCUAAGAGCUGGAUUGGUGAAGUACAAAAUGAUUAUGAGAACAAAAUCGACAGUGAUGAUGAAAGUAAAUAUGAUGAAGUCGAUGAUAUAAUGGCUGUAAGAAGGAUAGAGGUAGAUGAACUUGAAGAGAUAAAUAAAUAUAAUUCACAUGAAAAUAGUAGAUUACAAAGAUUUAUGAAUAACGCAAAGAACAAGAGUAACGUGAGGAUACAUGAAAUUAAGUUAGUAAAGUAUGAAGAACUAGAUGGAUUAUCGUUUUGUGGAAGAGUAAGUUAUUGGGAUAUAAAUGACGAAAUGAACGACAGUACGAUAAAAGGAAAAGAAAUACCUGUUGUAUCAAGACUUACGAAAGAUAAUAGUGCACUAAUAAACUUGGGACCUAAGGCACGUGACGAGCCAACAAGAACAAUGAUAAUUGAUCAAUUAAUAAAAAGGGUGCCAGAAGUCUUUGCAUAUGAGUUAAGAGAUAUUGGUAAAACAAACCUUGUCGAAUACAAAGUCAGAACUGGCGACGCAAUUGUUCCAUCUAUGAGACUCCGUCUGAUAAGAAUAAAUAACCCUGAAACAAGAAAUCUAUUUGAGAAUUACUUGAAAGAGAUGAUCGAAUGCGGAUUAUUGGAAAAAGGGUCAGGAGAUUACCCACUACCAAUAAUCCGAGACAUUCUGGAAGAAGCAACAGGCCACAACUGGUAUACGUCGGUAGAUGCAUUUAAAGGUUAUUGGCAAAUUGUAAUGUGUAUGGGAUUAAAAAACGCAAGCGAAACCUUUCAAAGGUUAAUGGACUGUUUAUUAGAAGGCGAAAGGUGGAAAAACAUAGCAGCCGCUUACCAAGACGACGUCGGCAUUUGGAUGAAUAGAA